GGUAAAUACUUUUCUAGAUAUUUUUUUUUUUUAAUUCUUGAUUGGAUAGUUAGCCUGCUUUGUUAUCAGCUGUAAGAGGCCUACAGUAUCAAAGAUACACCGGCGAUAUUUGGUGACGGGAUGAAUGUCCACCGUUUAGCUCCUUCUCUACUUGCGCUUUCUCUACCUACUACUCCACAACAUGCCUCUUUAAGCUUCUCCUCUCUCGGCCUCGGCGUCGCCCCCAAUGUUCUUAACCGCAAUAAAUCCGUAGUCCUCCACCGUCUGGUUACCUCCUUUAGUCAAAGUGCUUCCCAUAAACCUGAAGAUGCUGACCCUUAUGUUGAUGAAGAAGAAGGAGGAGAAACAACGUUGGAUAAGAAUGCGACACGCUGGCAAAACCCGUUCGUUUCGGAAGAGCUUGUAAAGAAAUUGAAGAGAUAUGGAUUGUCUGGAAUAUUGUCUUACGGUUUACUUAACACAGUCUAUUACACCGCAGCUUUCCUCUUGGUGUGGUUUUAUGUCGCCCCAGCACCGGGAAAAAUGGGAUAUCUUGCUGCAGCUCAGAGAUUUCUUAAAGUGAUGGCCAUGGUAUGGGCUGGAAGCCAAGUUACUAAGCUCGUCAGAAUAGGAGGGGCAGUGGCACUUGCACCUAUUGUUGAUAGAGGACUGUCUUGGUUUACAGUUAAAUACAAGUUUAAAAGUCAGGGGAAAGCUUUCGGCGCAAUGGUUGGGAUAUGUCUUGGUCUGGCUUUGAUGCUAUUUCUCGUUGUGACACUGCUCUGGGCCUAGCUCAGAGUAAUUGCUGCAUUUGCAAGAGUUUUUGCUUUUUACAACAAUUUUGUUUUUGGUUAUUUACAUUAUGCACUUGACACGUAUUGUGGAUAUGAUUUGCAAUGAAAUUAUGGAUUACUCUACAAAGAAGAGGCUUUUUAUA